AUGCAGCCGCCCGCCAGCGCCCCCAGCCGGGCUGUAUGUACACCCGAGCAGCAAAGGGCCAUCGACGCCAAGCUGCAGCAAGUGCUGCGGCUUCCCGGAAAUGACAGCUGCGCAGACUGUGGGGCCAAGCACCCCCGCUGGGCCUCCGUUAACUUGGGUAAGCAGCAGCAGCAGCAGCAGCAGCAGCAGCAGCAGCAGCAGCAGCGGCGGAAGCGGCAGAGCAGUCCCAGCGGGGGGGGCGGCAGCAGCUGCAGCGGCAGCUGCUGCAGCGGCAGCUGCAGCGACAGCUCUGCAGCAGCGCCCGAAGCCGCAGCAGCACCAGCUGCUGCAGUAGCAGCAGCAGCAGCAACUGCAGCAGCAGCAGCAGCAACUGCAGCAGCAGCAGCAGCAGCAGCAAAUGAACUCCGAAGCCUCACUGUGUCUCUCCUCCCUGGCUGCCUGCGCGGCAGCCGUGGGCGAGUGGUGAUCUGCUUGGAGUGCAGUGGCGUCCACAGAAAGAUGGGAGUCCACAUCAGCAAAGUCAAAAGUGUGACUCUUGACAGGUGGACCAUGCAGUGGGUCAAGGGUUUGGUGUGUUGUUUGCGGCUGGGGCUGAGGGCUAGGCAGCUGCUGCGGCAGCAGCUGCAGCGGGCCCGCGGUGUACCUGCACCUGAGGGCUCGCAGCAGCAGCAGCAGCGGCAGCAGCAGCAGCAGCAGCAGCAGCAGCAGCAGCAGGUGUGGGGUUUGUUGCUGCGUUUUGCCGCUGCUGACGCCUGGCUGCUGACUGAGCCGGAGGACUUCGCCGCCUUCAAUCCUGAUGCCCCUGCAGCAGGCUCUGCUGCUGCUGCUGCUGCUGCACCUGCUGCUGCAGGAAGCGCAGCAGCAGCAGCAGCAGCAGCGCCGCAGCUGAGUGCCACAGACCAGCGAGUCCAGGCAGCCAAAGCCACCAUUGCCCGUCUCUAUGCUGCUCCGAACCAAUUCGGCUUCGGCACUCUCUCGCAGCCUCCCGUUCAGCCGCAGGGGUUAGAGAGUUUGUCCUUCUUUAACACCCCACAGCAGCAGCAGCAGCAGCAGCAGCAGCAGCAGCAGCAGCAGCAGCAGCAGCCGUCGCUGGGAGCAGCGGGCACGGCAGACUGGGCGAUUUGGGGGUCUGCCGGCACGGCCUUUGGAGCAGCAGCAACACCAGCAGCAGCAGCAGCAGCAGCAGCAGCAGCAGCGCCUGCGUGGCCUCAGAGCUUCGGCGCAGCAGCAAGUCCUUCAAACUUACCUGGCCCUUUCAUGAGUGGCUCUUCUUCUUUUGCUGCUCUUUCUCCUUCCUUCUGUGCCCCUGCUGCUGCUGCUGCGCCUCCUGCUGCUGGUUCUGCUGCUGCUGCUGCACAGCAGCAGCUGCCGCGCCCUGCGCCAGCAACACCAGCAGCAGCAGCAGCAGCAGCAGCAGCAGCAGCAGACCCCUGGGCUGCUUGCGGCACUCGCUUGAGCGGCCAGCCAGCAUACAGCCCUUCACAAAUUAGCUUGGGGGAAAGCAGCAAACAAGUCAGUCACACUCUGCUGCUCGCAGCAGCAGCAGCAGCAGCAGCAGCAGCAGCAGCAGUAGCUGCUGCUGCUGCUGUGACUUGUACCCGGGGUCAAACUGCCGAUGCCCACGCUGCCUUGAGUGCCUUGGAUGCAUUUGCGUUGGCCAAGAAGGUGCAGCAGCCGCCGGCUAGAGCAGCAGCAGCAGCAGCAGCAGGGUCCAAGGAUGCCCGAGAACAAGAGCAGCAGCAGCAGCAGCAGCAGCAGCAGCCGCAGCAGCAGCAGGUCGUUGCCUCCGCCUCUCCUGUGUCAUUGCAGCAGCAGGAGCCCCUGCUGCUCAUAUAG